UAUGCUCGAUACGCCAGAAUAAGUUGGUACUCCGAGGAACGUCAAGACUAUGCGGAUCCGGAGAAAUGGAAAAAUGGCCUACUCACCAUCAAUCGAUACUUAGACGAAAAGGCUGAAGGAAACAACUCUUAUGCAGAUAUUUUACAUGCGGCGCUAACUCACAACUGGAUAGACUACCCCUGUGGGAUGGAUUAUGGCGUGAUUGGUGCAGAGGAGGAGAAUUGGUUGAAAUGUGGAACUGAGGUUGCCAUUCUCUGUAUCCUUUUCAAGACUCUCACGAACUUGCUCGAGAUUUAUUUCUGUGCACCCGAUAAUCUUUUCGAUGCUUUGGCAUCGUGUCCUGGGAAGCCAUUGGUCAAAGGUUUUGGGCCUACAGAAGAAUUUCUACCGAAUAUUCGGAUGAUAAACCGGAGACUGUGGCCUGUAUCCAUCUAUCCAAGCUCCCUUUUUCUCGAGUCAAUAUUUUGGCUGCAGAAACCCGGCAUUACAAGCUUUCUCUUUUGCACAGGCUUGGCAUUUCGGAGGGGAAUCUUUCAGAUACAGGCCCCUCCCGUCGACCAACUGAUAGGGACCUCUAACGUCCAAUUGUUUCGGUCCAUCGGACGCAUGAGAUGGUCAUUAAUUGAAUUGAUCCUCAAGUUGCCCAAACGAUUGACUACCAUCGAGUUUCCUGCACUACAGCCAUGUAUACCUUUCGAUGAUUUCGACGACCGACCACAAGAAUGGUUUCAUCACAAAUUCUUGCAAUCUCUGCGUCAACAUGCAAGAAGCUUGCGCACGCUUAGUAUACGACUAGCAUGUUGGCGCGAGCUUGUUCCCACAGGGAUAACCCAUUUGACAUUCGGCAACAUGCUUCUCGAAUUCACCCAACUAGAGUAUCUAACAGCCUCUAUUGACUUAUUUUCGGGUGCUGAUCCGAACGGAAAGCUCAUUUCUUUCGACGCACUCCCCCCUUCCAUCCGUAGAUUAGUGAUUUGGCGGCCAGGUAUCGAAGUUUGGGAUGAUUCUACAUGCAUUCACGCAUUGAAGAUUGGUCUCGAGAACAUUGUAGAGAAAUGUCCUUCUAUUAGAGAAAUAGUUUGCCAGUGCUUUGAAGAUAAGGGUUCGUCGGAGCACCUUCGUUCCCUCGUGGAUCCCCCAUUAUCACGUCUCAUAGCGCCAAAGCGUGAAGAUUUCAGUCGAUAUUAUCUUAAGGACGUUGGUAUCGUCUCCUUGAUUCUAAGGAGCGCAGUGGCCAAACGUACCUUGUUAUCGACGUCAAGGAUUGACGAACCUUACGUUAGUAUGAUAUUAGCUUGCGAAGAUUAA